AUGUCGAAUAAGAACGAAAGUUUAUCCUCCAUGGAUCCCUUUUCGCCUGCACAUCAACCCGACGAGGGGUACUCCGAGGACCCUCUAACGCCCACCGUUAAUCAAGAACUCUCGACCGCCCUCGCUACCCUCCGUUCGCCAUCCGAUUUAAGCUCAUGGCUUGUCACAAACUCGUCUCUUCUACCCCUCCAGGUCAGAACAGAACUGACCAUGGCCCUGCUCGAUAAUCUACCUACAUCCGUCAUCGCCGAGAUCGUCCAUCGUCUGAAUCCGCGGCUCUACAUCGAUUUCAUCCAAUAUCUCCCUGCCGAAAUCUGUCUCAAGAUUCUAGGCUUCCUCGAUCCCGUCUCGCUCGUCGGCGUUACGCAAACAUGCCGCGCCUGGUAUGAGUUGGCACUGGAUAGGAAACUAUGGGAGCGCCUAUACUACAUGGAGGGGUGGAAGACCAUCUUGAGCGAGAUCGAAGCCUGCGAAACAAAGGUCAACAAUGGCCUCGAUUACUCGAUUCGUCAGCUUAGCCGAAUGCAAUCAACGCAAGACGCUCACCCCAACAAGAUCCGCGCUGUUGUCAAUCCCGAUGAAGACCUCGAAAUGACCGAUCGCGACCGUACACCUGGCCCCAGCGAGGCUUUGUCUGGCGGAAGCAUGUUUGGCAGCCCUUCGUCCUCCUUUUCGUCGAGCAGACCUGCAAUCGUGCCAAUGGGCGAGAUGGAUCUCGAUGGCUUGAACUCCAGAACAGCGAGCCUAGACCGAACCUUGUCUUCAUCUUCCGACAGCAGAGGAAAGCGCAAGGAACCGAGCGGCGAACCCGAGUCUUCAGUAGCACCCAUGUCCCUUGCCGAUGCAGCCAACACUUUACCGCCAUCACCACUCUACAUUUGGGAUGUAGGCCGAUCACGAUAUCGUAUCAACUGGCGCUAUCUAUACUCUAUGCGACGCAAAUUGGAAGCGAAUUGGGAGCUUGGCAAAUACAGCACCUUUCAAUUCCCUCACCCUAGCUUUCCUGAGGAAGGACAUCAGGAGUGUGUCUAUGCGUUGCAAUUCGACAAGGACUAUUUGGUGAGCGGCAGUCGAGAUCAGACGAUGCGCAUAUGGAAUGUGCACACCCGCCGGCUCGUCCGACCUCCGCUUACAGGGCAUAUGGGCUCUGUUUUGUGUCUACAAUUUGAUGCCGACCCGGAAGAAGAUCUACUUGUCUCUGGAAGUAGCGACUCUAACGUUUUCAUUUGGAAAUUCUCAACGGGAGAGCUGGUACAAAGAUUGACUAGAGCCCAUCACGAAUCAGUCCUCAACGUGCGAUUUGACAAGCGGAUUUUAGUUACAUCCUCCAAGGACAAAACGAUCAAAAUCUUCAACAGACGUCCUUUGAAGCACGGCGAUCUCGGAUAUGGCGGAAGCGAUAUUGUUGGCCCGGUGCCUACCAACCUGCGAAGAUAUGGUUACGAGCCGGACUUGGCCCAGGAGCUUCCCGUCAAGCCACCAUUCACCAUGAUCGGUCGUCUGGACGGCCAUAGCGCUGCCGUAAAUGCCAUUCAGGUUCGCGACCGCACUAUUGUUUCCGUCUCUGGCGAUAGACAUAUCAAGGUUUGGAAGUGGCCGGAGCAAGUUUGCACCCAGACGAUUCCCGCACACGACAAGGGAAUUGCCCUGGAUCGAAGACGUCGUAGAGACCGUCGGGCGAAUGCUGGUAGCUCGCGACCUGAGGAUGUGCAAGCGUUUGGUGCCAAGGUGCCUCCUGGAGGUGGUGGUGGAAGAAAGUACGGCCGUAUAGUAUCUGGCUCUUAUGAUCAGAGCAUCAUCAUCUGGAGACGCGACAAAGAAGGUGUGUGGAAACCUGCACACCAUCUAAGACAGGAGGAGGCUGCUGCUGCUGCUCAACGCGAAGCCGCAGCAGCGUUGUCGAGUGCAACAUCGAACGUCGCGGUAGCUGCAUCAUUGGCAAGCAGGUCGUCACAUGCGUCUACCAUUGUUCCACGCUCUCCACCGACAAACGGCACACCACUCGGACCUCUGAUGCUACGCGAUCACCAUGGAGAUACUCAUCGAACAGCGUCUUCAUACGAAGUUCUCAUUGACCAAACUGUGCCGCUUGGCCCAACUGCACUACAACAAGUACUUGCGACGUACCCAAUCGUGCUGGCUCAUCACACUUACUUGCAAUCAAUCAUUGAACGAGAGACUUCGCCUUUGGUUCGAGCCCAAUUGAGAGGGGUAGUCACUGAUGCUUUGGCCAAUCUUCACACGCGCCAAGCACCCUUGCGACACCAGUCGAGUUCCAGCAGCUCGCAACAAACCUCCACCGACAGCGUUCGCACUAACCCGAGGUCGAGUAUCGGGGUACCUCCUAUUUCCACUAUGCCCGUCCCAACCAACGUGCCAGCUGUGCAACCACCAGCCGCGGCUAAUGCCAAUGGACAAGGUGCGCCACCUGGACAGCCAGGCCAAGCACAGAAUGCAGCUGUUGGUCAUCAUCCUCACAUCGCUGCGGCAGAAAACACCUCGGCACGAGUCUUUAAGCUUCAAUUUGAUGCGCACAAGAUCAUUUGCUGCAGUCAAACUCCAACGAUCGUCGGAUGGGAUUUCUGUAACAAGGACCCAGCGCUGGAACAAGCUGUCAGGUUCUUUGCAACAGUGGACUAG